AUGACUUUUCAACAGAAUAAAAUACUUCCUGGCCAGGAAAAAUCUUUACUUUCAUUGGACCUUUCUCAAAAUAGAAUUGCUGAUAUAGAGCCUGGUUCUCUUGACAAUUUUGUUAAUUUGUUAGAAUUAAAAUUAACUCAAAAUAAUUUGGACGAACUAAGCGAUGAUAUUUUUACAAAAUUCCUCGGAUCUUUACAUCAAUUAUAUUUGGAUUAUAAUUUUUUAAGUAAAUUGGAUGAUGGUGUAUUUAAUAACCUUAAAAGUCUUCGAAAAUUAAUACUUGAUGGGAAUAAAGAAUUGGAAAUUUCAAAAAAAGUUUUAUCUCCAUCACUUAAAAAUUUGGAAAUUCUUUCCCUCGAUCGCUGCUCUUUAGACAAAUUAGAUGAUGAUUUAUUUGAAAAUUUGCCCAAUCUCCGUGCCCUUUCAUUAUCUGGCAAUCCACUCCGUUCUAUCCCCAAAGCCAUAUCACCAGAAAAGUUACCAAAACUUGAAAUUCUUGUAAUGUCAGAUACUUACUUGGAAGCACUCAAUAAUGGAGAAUUGGCGGCUGCGGCGCCUAAACUUAAAAAAUUUUAUAUGCAAAAGAGUCGUUAUCUAAAACGGAUUGACAAUUGCGCAUUUUGUGGAUUAAAACAACUUGAGAGCCUAGACUUCUCAGAAUCAAAAUCUCUAAACGAAUUAGAUGCCAAUGCUUUUGGAAAAUCAGCACCAAAGGAAUUAAAACAAAUAAACCUCAAAAACUGUAAUUUUACUAAUUUACAUGAAGGGACACUUAAAAAUGUUUAUUGGAGUACAAUGCAAAGAUUAAGACUUGAAGGAAAUCCUUGGAAUUGUGAUUGUGAACUUAAAUGGCUAAUGCAAAAUGAAAAUGCAAUGAGAACGGCUGCUGAAUUUGAAAUACCAAAGUUUGUAUUGUUUGAGAGUAUUAUGUUAAAUAUUUUCUGCCUUUUUUUGAUGUAAAUCAC